ACGGCACCUAAAAUAAAAUAGCAGCAAAUUUCGUCUGAUGUGAUUUCUUUCAAAAUGGAGUCUUUCCCUCCACAAAUAUGUGAGGGAAUGCAGCACAUAUCAGAAUCCGUGUUUGUGGUACUAUGUGAGAUAGUGGGGACCUCACAAGACGUGGCCCUCAGGAGGGAGACAGAGGACAUCAGGGAUGUGGUGGUUAGAGGAAGGUUACCUAUUAAUGAUGGGUUCAUGAGUACGUUAAGUGGAAGUAAGAGAGAAGGAUUCAGACUUGAGGGAUCAGAUGUGGACUGGAUGUUCUGGCUAAACGACCACCAAGUGAUCAUGGACGUGUCUCAGUCUGAGUAUUACAACACAGCCAAUACAGCCUUGAUUCUCUCUGACAGUUCUGAGAGUCCACCAGGAUUCAGUCUACUUCAGUUACUGUCACCAUUCGUAAACAGAGAAGUCUAUUCAGCAUGUGUCAGAACGAAUGAUAGACUCUAUAUAUCUAGUUCUAUAUGGAGACAGUUAACUUGUUCAGCAUUAAUUCCUAAUUCUACUAUACAUGGACCCUGUGGUAGUAGUGAUGAAGCAGGGGUUCAAUAUGCCACUGCCUUCUGUUUUGUUUGUGACUUUUGGCCUCCGUCUGCCUCCUCUUGGACAGACAGAUGUCACACAUGGCCAGAUCCUGAAGUUGUUGAUAACAUUGUCAGAAAUGGAUGUCACUUUGUAGCAAUAGGACACCCAUUAGGGCCCCAUGAAAAUGAAGAAUGGAGAAUUUCUUUUUCUCUGGCAGAAAAUAAACUUGUCUCAUCAAUGAAUCACUGUCAGUUUUUGACAUAUGGGUUGUUAAAAAUUUUCUUAAAAGAAGUUAUAGAUCAACAAUCAGAAGAAACCAAUAAACUGUUGUGUUCCUAUCACAUGAAGACAACAGUUUUCUGGACGAUUCAACAAAACACGCUACCUCACUGGUGUCCACAAAAUAUCCUGGCCGGUUUCUGGAUCUGCUUUAAACUCCUCCUUAAAUGGGUGUUUAAGGGAGUUUGUCCCAACUUUUUCAUCCCACAAAACAAUCUGUUUCUGACUAAGGUCCAUGGCUCAGCACAAAACAGAUUGUUCCUACAGUUACACGAGUUGUACAAGGAAGGUCUGGCCUGUCUGUUACAGAGUUCCUCUAUCAGGUCCUACAUCAUUGAUGUCCUGUACAAUCCUAGACUUUCUAUUUGUACAGACGAGAGUAUAAUGAGGUCUGAAGUUGAUUAUGAUCUAAAAGUGGUCAUACUGUCAGAAGGCAUGAUACACAUUUUCAGGAGCGGAGAUAUUAUAAUUGAUACUACCAAAACCAUACACAUAAUAGAACAGUUUGUGGAGUCACCAAUGACACAUCAUCAAGUUGUAGUGAUACAGAGACUUACAACCAACCUUCUUCAAAGAACAUCUUUUCUAUUACAAAACAUGCACAAUGACACAGGUUUCAACAAACAGACGUAUAUUGCAGACAAAAUGUCCUGUCACAUGCUGAAAUUAGCAGCCAAGUUUGGGUGUGUAUCUGACAUGUUGUACAUUGCCAUAUAUUAUUACAAGACACUCAGAUACAGGGAAGCUUUAUCUGUUAUAGAGAUGACAAAGGUCAAGUUAGCACAGCCAUAUCUGAUGUAUAAUAGACAUGUAGACAGAGAGAGGUAUACUGAGGCUGUAGGAGGACAGUCCUGGUCUACAAAGAUAAGACAGGCUGUAGCAGAGGAAAUAGAUCUUGACAACAGAAUCUGUUAUAUCAGUGAACUUAUACCAGAACAACAGUCUGGUCUAAAGAACAGAACGACUUCUUUAUUUAUCCCAUUGUUUGUUAUGUUACACUUCCUAGAGUUCUUGUGUUACAGACACAUUGAUACAACGUUAUCAUUAGCAGCUUUAGAUGAGCUACAGUUCCUAGUCCACCAUGAUCAGGGACUGUAUAUACGUGAUAUAUACAGAUACAUCUCCUGGGAGAUCCUGGGGAUCUGUCAACAGAUCACAGGGGACCUCCAAGGUGCUCUAUACUCAUACCAACAGUCGCUGAUCCCACAUCAUCCAUGGAACGAAAUACCAACAGCUACUCAGAAGAGAAUACAGGAAAUUGUUCAGUCAGCACCACACUAG